UUGACCUCUGACCUGCGUUGUCGCAUAUGCCAUGACCCAGUAGUGUUUGAGUCAAGCCGCCAGGAUCCGGCGUCUGUUGCUGGUCAGUGGACGACGCAAGUCCAAGCUGCCGACAUCCUCGUCGCAACAAUGACCUACACCAGCGCCUGGAUGGACGUGGCGAAGAUUGCCGAAGUCUUGGCCUCCCGAGGCCACAUCGUCACCGUGCUGGCCCAUGCUAGUCAGAAGAGCGACCUGAUGCGGAAAUUGCCGACCUUGCGGUACGAAACAUUCGGAGAUCCCGAAAAGCCACCGUCGGUGAAGGAAUUCUCAACAACUAUACCUCAAAAGAUGGCAUUUUCUUCACCUGGUGUCCUAGCCCAGAUCGCCCUGGGCAGUACUUUGGCGUCUGCUAUGCUGGACUUUAGUAACGAGAUGCUGAGUGACAAGCAACUACUGACAAAAUUGAAGAACAGCCACUAUGACGUUGUCCUGACGUAUCCUAUGACCUCAUGUGGGCCCCUGGUGGCGCAGUACUUGGACCUGCCUCUAGUCUGCACAAUGAGGUCUUUGCCUUCGGGACAAGACGUCCGAGCCACUGGUGUCCCCUAUCCUCUUGCGUACGUGCCAACAGUGGGGUCGGGGUUGUCAGAUCGGAUGACAUUCUUACAGAGAGUGAAGAACGUGCUGGUUUACUUCGCAUUUUCUACUGCUGGGCAGCUUGUCUUCGAUAAGGGAUAUGACGAUCUCGCAAAAAGAACGAUUGGGGACAACUUCACCAUGUCUGCUGCCCUGGCAAGAACCGACGUGUGGCUCUACCAAUCAGAUGUCAUGUUCGACUUCCCUAAACCCAUGAUGCCAAAUAUGGUCAGCAUAGCAGGUCACGUGGCUGAUGACGUCAAGCCCCUCAGUGAGGAGCUGGAGAAGUUUGUGCAGAGUUCUGGAGAUGACGGUGUUGUGCUUGUAACGUUCGGCUCCAUGGUAGCGGCUAUGCCCGCAGAGAAAGCCGACAUGCUGGCCGCUGCUUUUGCCCGUCUGCCACAGAAGGUUGUGUGGCGCUACGCUGGGACGCCACCUCCAAGUCUGGGGUCCAACACCAAGACCAUGGAGUGGGUGCCUCAAAACGACUUGCUAGCUCAUCCCAAGACAAGGGCGUUUGUAUCACAUUGUGGCUACAACGGAGUAGCAGAGGCCAUGUACCACGGGGUGCCUCUUGUCGGCAUGCCUCUCGUGACUGAUGCCCAUGACAACAUUGCCCGGAUGGUGGCCCGUGGGAUGGCGGUGUCAUUGGACAUCCACAAGGUGACGUCAGAGGAGGUGGCCCAGGCCAUCAUAUCUGUUAUUUCGGAUCCUAGCUAUAAGAAGAAGGCCAAUUGGAUCUCCACGCAUCUUCGUGACCAACCACAGUCGCCCAUGGAGCGGGCAGUAUGGUGGAUAGAACACGUCAUCAAACAUGGCGGCCUCCCCCAUCUCAGGUCGAGGGCACCCGAACUCCCCUUCUACCAGUACUACCUGUUAGACGUCAUUGCCCUGAUUGUUGCAGUUAUAUCUGCUGUAUUGUUGUCUUCUUGGAAGUGCUGUUCGUUCGCAUUUGGCAUGUGCAAAAGGAGUAUGACUAGCACCAAGCUAAAAAGUAAUUGACUGUCAUCAAAAGCAUAUUUGUAUGAACGAUGAAUACAGAGACAUCCCGUAAAUGAAUAUGUGGUGUUAAAUACUGUGUGAAAUAGAAUUGUUUAUGUUGUCAAGCUGUGAAUGUUAUCUUUGAUCGGUGUACGUUUUCGGCAAAAGAUUGCCUUUAUUAUGAAAUCCAAGUAGUCAGGGAGGUUGAACAAAUAUCCAAACACACAGUCUGGUAUGCAGA